CAGCCCUGGGAAAGAGAAAUAAACAUGUGAGGGAAGGAAAGGGUUAGAGAGCAAAAAAAAAUGUUCUGAGAAGUUGCAAAAGGUUGAGGAAGGAGUCCAAAAGCAGGACCUUGAUGUGGGCCUGGUGGUGGAAAGCUGAGCCCUCCAAGAACGGCUAACUUGACUCAAUGAAGGAGAUCUCAGGAGGGGAUUUCAUAACCUGAAAGGGACUGUGCACAGAUCACUGUCUAUGUGCAAAUUUAUUCCAUAGCUUGGACAAUCCAUCCUUCUGGGAGAUUUGUACACAUCAUCUUUGGACCGCUGGAAAUAUGUCAGCAUUACUGCAAGCCACGAAUGAGAACUCCGAAGGGAUACCGCCAAGAGCUUUGGCAGGGACACCCAGUACUGAGAGUGGAGGAGAGACUGGUGAGAUUUCUCAGUGCAAAUCUUCUGACUCCAGCUGUGAGGAUGAAGCGAACUUGGGAAAAAAGAAACCACGUCGGCAGAGGACUCAUUUCACCAGCCAGCAGCUCCAGGAAUUGGAGGCCACUUUCCAGCGGAAUCGCUACCCGGACAUGAGCACCAGGGAGGAGAUCGCAGGCUGGACCAAUCUGACAGAACCCAGGAUUAGGGUUUGGUUUAAAAACCGUAGAGCCAAGUGGCGGAAAAAGGAGCGGCAUCAGCAAACAGAGCUAUGCAAAGGGGCUUUUGGCUCACCACUCAGUGGCUUGUCCGGAAGCUCUUACGAGGACUUCUACCCAAGCUACACCUACAAUAACUGGACCCCUAAAGGGCUGCACACCACCCCCAUCCAUGGCAAAGGGUUCCAGAUCUUCAACUCUAUGAACCUCAACUCAUUUCCAAGCCCCACUGUCUUCCCUGCAGCUGCAGCAGCAUCCAUGUCUGGUGUGCCAUCUCUGGAAACCUUUAAUAGCUUGGCAAGCCCUUCUGGGCCUCCUGGUUCAACAUAUGGACCAGGUGCUCCUUCGCCGUACAUGUACAGGGACCCCUGCAAUCCAAACCUGGCUGGUCUGAGACUCAGAGCAAAGCAGCCACAGCCUUCCCUAGGCUAUGGGGUCCCACAAAGUCCAGUUAUAAGCCCCAGCACCAGCCACUAUAAUCUGGACAGACCAGUGUGAUAUCGUGUCUGAAAUCAUGAAUGAAUGAAUGGAUUUUUGUCCCCUUAGAACUCCUGCUGAUAGUCCUUGGAGAAGAGUUGGCCACUGUAAGCCCUGUGUGGAAAGUGAGUAGGAUUCACCAGUCAUGGAUAGAAGAUCUCCUUUAGCCUGCUCCAUUUGGAGAAUACUUAACUUUCUUCUAAAUUGCCUUCACACACACCUUUCAGUGUGUUGGUACUUCCUCCAAGGCCUCAAACUUUUGGCAUGACUGAAGCCCACAAAGAGCCAAUGUAAUUUGGAUUUAAUACAAAUUACAUUUGUUUGAGAUGUCCUAAGUGUUUCUGUUUCUUUAGUAAGGGGGCAUUAUAUAAGUGGUGAAAUGGGAGGAGAGGUGUCAGAUGUCUGAAGGCUAAAGUAAGUCCAUUUAUUAUGACCAAAAGAAACAAGAAGAAUGAAGAAGAAUAGAUGAGGAACCUCAAAGAGUAGUGAGAGAGCAGGGGAGCAAGUGUGACAAAGAAGAAUACGGGGCAUUUUGCUUUCUUGGUCUCAUCCAUUCAAGUAAAUUUUAUCACACCACUGCUUUACAUGAGAAACAGAAAAGCCUAGUCAUAUAAGCUGACUGCCAUGCUCUGCUUUGUAGACUCUCUAUCCACUGGUUCACAUCAGGUUCAAUGCUAAGCAGAGUUAUACCAUUAUAAGUCCACUGACUUCAGUGCUUAGAAAGGUAUAUAUCUCUACUUACGAUGACGGUGUCAGAGUUGCAGAUCUAUUUGAGUGGGGUAGUUUAUAAUGAGAAUAGGCAGGGAUACAGUUUUGAGAAACAGCCCGUACAAAGACUCCUAUAAACACUAUAACUAUGGAAAC